AUUCCGCGACGUACGCUCAGUUUCUAGCGGGUAACACGUCGUGAAAUAAUCGUGAAUAGAUAAACUAAAGAUAAAUAACAUCUUUAUCUUUACCCGUUUGCGGUAAAACAUCAAAAGAUAUGGAACGGAAAAUUGAUCGCGGAACUUGAUCUUGAACAUCUCUCGUGAUCGUGAAUUUGAUUUACGAACUAUGCAGGCUGUUACGCAGUGUUGAGUUCUUUCGUAUCUGAAAUUCUAAAGAAAGUUGUAUAUAUGUAUGAAGUAUGCGUGAAUUAAUCGAUAGAAUGUAGCGCAAUUAAUCCAUCCAACAAUACAGUAACAAUUAAUUUAUAAUCGGAUUCCGAAAUCAUGGAGUGGUUAUUUGGCAAACGCAUCACUCCCGAGGAGAUGCUCAGGAAGAAUCAAAGAGCAUUGAACAAGGCGAUGCGGGAUCUGGACAGGGAAAGAGUGCGAAUGGAGCAACAGGAAAAGAAAAUUAUAGCUGACAUAAAAAAGCUCGCAAAAGAUGGACAAAUGGAUGCUGUCAAAAUCAUGGCAAAAGAUUUGGUCAGGACAAGGCGUUACAUAAAGAAAUUUAUGCUAAUGAAGGCGAAUAUUCAGGCAGUAUCUUUAAAAAUACAGACUCUCCGUUCUCAGAAUACUAUGGCACAAGCUAUGAAGGGAGUAACAAAAGCGAUGCAAAAUAUGAACAAACAAUUAAAUUUACCUCAGAUACAAAAGAUACUACAAGAAUUUGAGAAGCAGUCAGAAAUAAUGGAUAUGAAGGAAGAAAUAAUGAAUGAUGCGAUAGAUGAUGCGAUGGAAGACGAAGGAGACGAGGAAGAAAGUGACGCUGUCGUCGCUCAGGUGUUGGACGAAUUGGGUCUGCAAUUGACGGAUCAGCUGUCUGGACUACCACAGGCGUCUGGUUCGUUGAGCGUAGCUGGAUCUAAGCAGCCAGUUGCCGCUGCAGCGGGUAACGAGGAAGGCAGCAAUCUUGCGGACGCUGACGCGGAUUUGCAAGCGAGACUUGAAAAUUUGCGACGCGAGUGA